GAGUGAGCCACUUCAGAUGAGGUCGGGUUUGGGUUUGUCUCGGAGAUCAAGCCCGCUCGGCUUUGCAGUCCCGCGGACCAGCAGCCCUGAUUCGCGGCAGCUGUGCUCACAAGCAAGCGGGGGAAGAGAGACAGAAAUAGUCCGGAGUUUUAAACCGCGUGGUUUUGUGUGUGUGUUUGGGAGGGAGGUUGUUUUACAGUGAGCCGUGGAGAGGAACUGCAGGGACAAGACAGGGAGGCUGACAGACUGAAACCACAUGCCCCAGGCUGGUUUGCAAAACCUACUGUUGAGGUGACAGCCACUAGUUCUCAUGAAAAAGUGAAGAAGGCAUUUAUGGCUGAGUUGAAAGCUGAAAAUAUCAAGCAGUUUCUAUAUAAUUUUACACGGCGCCCUCAUCUCGCAGGCACAGAUGAGAACCUGCACUUUGCACAGCAAAUCCAAGCCCAGUGGAAGGAAUUUGGAUUGGAUUUGGCUGAGCUGGUUUCCUAUGAUGUCCUGUUGUCCUACCCUAAUGGGAGUAAUCCCAACUACAUCUCAAUUAUUGAUGAGCAUGGAAAUGAGGUCUUCAAUACAUCAUUAUUUGAGCCUCCCCCUCCAGGAUAUGAGAUGGUUACAGAUGUUGUGCCUCCCUACAGUGCUUUCUCAGCUCAAGGGGUACCAGAGGGUGAGUUGGUGUAUGUCAACUAUGGCCGCACUGAAGAUUUUUUCAAACUGAAGAGAGAGAUGGGAAUUAACUGCACUGGAAAAAUUGUCAUUGCCAGAUACGGGAAAAUCUUCAGAGGAAAUAAGGUGAAGAAUGCUGAGUUGGCUGGUGCCAAGGGAGUUAUUCUGUAUUCAGACCCUGCUGACUACUGUGCCACUGGGGUAGAUCCCUUUCCAAAAGGCUGGAACCUUCCUGGAGGUGGAGCCCAGCGCGGGAAUGUGUUAAAUCUGAAUGGGGCUGGGGAUCCUCUCACACCAGGUUACCCAGCAACAGAGUACGCCUAUCGAUACGAGGAGGCCAGAGCUGUAGGUCUUCCAAAAAUUCCAGUCCAUCCCAUUGGCUACAAUGAUGCUGAACAGUUUUUACGUAACAUGGGAGGACCUUCCCCACCUGACAGCAGCUGGAAAGGAAGCCUGAAUGUGUCUUACAACAUUGGGCCUGGUUUCAUAAACAGUUACUCUACAAGGAAGGUGAAAAUGCAUGUUCACAGUAACAAUAAAGUGACAAGAAUUUACAAUGUGAUUGGAACCAUCAGAGGAGCAACAGAACCAGACAGAUUCAUCAUCCUGGGAGGCCACCGUGACUCUUGGGUUUUUGGUGGAAUUGAUCCACAGAGUGGAGCAGCUGUGGUUCACGAGAUUGUACGAAGUUAUGGGAAAUUGAAGAAGGAAGGAUGGAGACCCAGAAGAACAAUGAUAUUUGCGAGCUGGGAUGCAGAGGAAUUUGGCUUGCUCGGAUCUACAGAAUGGGCUGAGGAAAAUGCCAAACUAUUACAAGCCCGUGGAGUGGCGUAUAUCAAUGCAGAUUCUGCAGUCGAAGGUAACUACACUCUGAGAAUUGAUUGUACUCCGCUGAUGUACAGCCUGGUGUACAACUUGACCAAAGAGAUACCAAGUCCGGAUGAGGGGUUUGAAGGCAAAUCUCUUUAUGAGAGCUGGAAUGAAAAAAAUCCAUCAACAGAAUAUAAAGAUGUCCCCAGAAUAAAUAAGCUGGGUUCUGGCAAUGACUUUGAAGUCUUUUUUCAGCGGAUUGGCAUUGCUUCAGGCAGAGCACGUUACAGCAAAAACUGGAGAGUGGAAAAAUACAGUAACUACCCAGUUUACCACAGUGUCUAUGAGACCUAUGAGAUCGUGGAGAGAUUUUAUGAUCCAACUUUUAAGAAUCACCUGACAGUAGCAAAGGUGCGAGGAGGUCUGGUGUUUGAACUGGCUGACUCUGUGGUCCUUCCCUUUGACUGCAGAUAUUAUGCAGAGGCUUUAAGGAACUAUGCUGAAAUUGUCUAUAAUGUGUCAAAGAAUCAUCAAACAGAAAUGACAACAUACAGUGUGUCAUUUGACUCUCUCUUUUCUGCUGUGAAGAAUUUUUCGGAAGCAGCCACUGACUUUCACAGAAGACUGCAGCAAGCAGACAUCAAUAACCCAGUAACAAUAAGGUCAUUGAAUGAUCAGCUCAUGUUUUUAGAAAGGGCCUUUAUUGAUCCUCUGGGUUUACCUGGCAGGCCCUUUUACAGACACAUUGUUUUUGCUCCGAGCAGCCACAACAAGUACGCUGGAGAGUCAUUCCCAGGGAUCUAUGAUGCCAUGUUUGAUAUUGACCACCAUGAGGAUCAGCACAAAGCCUGGGAAGAAGUAAAGAGGCAGAUCUCCAUUGCAACCUUCACUGUGCAGGCUGCAGCUGGGACUCUGAAGGAAGUAGUAUAGACAUAUCAGCAACAUAAUCAAAAAGGAAAGACUGGAGUUGACAGCUGUGGAGUCCUCAGAAACAGAGCAUUUAGAGACAUGAGCAGAAUUAUGUUAAAAACCUCAUUCUUUGAAAAUAAUACACUCCAGACAGUCUCCCUCACUCACUUUCAUUACCUUUAACAAUAUUAAUAAGAUAUGAUUCCUUUGAAACUGUUAGGAGAGAGGGGAGUUGAAAUCAUUGUUGAAGUGAACUACUAAUUAAAAGACAUUCAUUUCAAAUAGCCACAUGCAUCCCCCCCUUGUUUUCCUCUCUACUUAAAAUGCAGAAAUCACAAUUAUUUUAGUCUCAUAGUUGUGCAAUAUAAUUAAUUUAGUUUAUAGGCCUGAUCUAUAAAGACAGAACAGUCAUGCUUAUUUCCAGCACUUUGUAACAUAUCAGUUAACUUUCUAGAAUUUCCUGUAGGGUUACAUAAAUAUCCUAUAGGAGAUGCCCCUUCCACUCCUCUAUUACAAAAGGAGUCACUCAAUGAGAUGGAACUGUCUUCUUGAAACCAUGUCACAGAUGGCAAGGUGAAUGGAAGUGAUCAUGGAGAGUUCUGAGCUGAGACCUCAGGUGUCUCAUCUAGGUUACUUUUCUCUUAACAUCUGGAAGCCAUUCAAAAAAGAUUAAACAAGAAACCUGCCAGGCACUAUUAAUAAAAAGGUGGGUCAGAGCAAUAAAUGUCAGCCGUGAAAUGCCUAACAAAAAUAGGCUUUCAGUCUGAAGAUGAUAAUCUGUUGAUCUAUGCAAAAGAUAUUUCUACCUAAAUGCAUUUGUAUGGCUCUUUUCAAGGUAUUUCUCAUGUGCCAGCAAUUAGAAGCAAAGGCAAUACAUAGGGUUGCCCGGUGUCUGGUAUUCUACUGGAUAGUCCGGUAUUUGUGCGCUUUGUCCGGUAAAAAAAUCAGAGAAUACCGGACAUGUGCAAUGUCCGGUAGUCUCUGAUUUUUCUGGCUGCGCUCCGAACAGAAGCUUGGCGUGGGCGGGUGGAGUGGCUGGAAGGCGGGACCAC